UUCUGAAUGAAAAUUUUAUUAGAGUUGGUGGAAGAAUACUGAUAAGCUUUGCUGCAUGAAAAUUGUGAGAAACCCAGGUGUUACUACGGUCCCUCGGCUUCCAACGACGACGACGACGACGACGACGCCCAACAUAGUAUCACAGCGACCUACAACACCGCCACCAUUGCCACAACGACCUCGAGCACGCACAAUUAAUAUUGUUCCUGGCUUCAAAGAAGAAGAACUUGCUAUGCCACCACUACCAUCCAUGCCAGUCCGUAGCGUAUCCAAAGGCACCGCAUCCGCCAUCAGCAGCAUGUUAUCGUCACGUCUACACAACAACGGCCAUACCACAGCUGCUACUCCCACCAACACUUGCCAAUACCCCGACAUGCAACACUUUGACCGUUUACCACCUCACAUCAAAACAUACCCGACACACCAUCGACGAACCCUACGGGCGAUCGCAGCCUGUCAAGGCAGACUUGCCACGGCGUCUUAUACCAUUAAAGCAUGGGACGAUCACCGCAACAACAAAAAUGCAUCGAUUACAUUAACGCCGAGCACAGACAGCACCGGAAACGACCGUGUGAGCUCACUUGCAUACACAUGUACGGGCAACUACUUGUUUGCAGGUCUCGACGAUGGAUGUACCGUUGUGAUGGAUACGCAAAAGGCCAAGAUCUUGGCUGAGCUGCAACAUCACGAAUAUGCCGUCAAACAUAUCCUAAGAGUAGCAAAUACUGAGUUGUGGACGAUUGAUGAGGGUGGGCAGCUUUUGCGGUAUCCGAUGCAUGACUAUGACGACAGUAUGCCAGAAACGAUCAUGUAUGAUGGGUAUCAUCAUCGUGUGACGCCCAAAGCCAUAUCGGCUGUUGUCUUGCGCGCCACCCAAGGACAGGGACAGCAUCAUGUGCUGGCCAUGACUACAGGCGAUACCAUCGAUGCAUAUCGCUUUGUUCCAUUCUAUUCAUCCGCCAUGCCGCAAAUUCAAGUACAGCUACCUUACCACGUUGUACGUAUUCCCAGCGAUUUGGGCCAGAUAACGCAGUUGGUGGCAUUACCCCAAGGUAAACUGGCAUGUGCUCACGUCAAUGGUCGGAUCAGUGUAUGGGACGCCAACAACGACACAUGGGAGCAGACAUUGCAAGUCGCUGUUCCCACGUAUGGUAUUACGGCCAUGGCAUUGUCUCUUGAUCGAUUCUUAUGGACCGGAUAUCGUACUGGCAUGAUUUACAUUUACGAUAUUUCGUCGGAUGAACAAUGGUCUCUCGUGAAAAUGUGGGAAGCACAUCAUGGGCCCAUCACCAUGUUUACCGUGGAUGAACUCGGCUUGCUUUGUGAUGACAAAAAGCCACUGAUGCAGGUCGUCAGUGCGGAUCAACAAGGCAAUGUUACUGUAUGGGAUGGAUUAUUGGCGGAAUAUCAAAGAGAUCAACACAUGAAACAACUUGAGGAAACGUAUUGUGAUUAUCGCCCGACACGAAUACAGAUUUCAUCAUGGAAUAUCGAUGCGCUCAGUCCCGAGUCCAUCACGGGUCAAGAUAAAGCUCUGCUCGAUGAAUGGCUAUCGAGCAUGCGUGACGCUGAUAUCAUUGUUGUGGGUCUACAAGAAAUUGUUGAUCUUGAAUCCAAGCGACAGACAGCACCAAAACAAGCUUGACUCGACCAGCACUAGCAGCAACAGCAGCAGCAGCAGCAGCAGCAAUAACAAUAAUAACAACAGCAACAACUACGGCGGUAUGAUGGAUGCCGAAACACUUGCAGCCGCUACCCCUCAAUACAGUGCCUGGCGCAACUAUAUCACAGGGGUGCUACAAGACAAAUACAUGCUUCUCAAGACCGAGC